UGACACCAGGGCACCGUCAUGUGACUGACCCGAGCGCUGUACACUGGUAUUAGCGAGCUCUCGUUAGCACAACGAUACAGUUUAACUCGGCAGAAACCGUUAACUCAUGCUAAACCCUUAGGCAACUUCAUAAAACAUAUGAGUAUUCAUAGUUGUGACGCGUUAAGCGGUUUUAAAAAGUGCUAGUGUUGUCUAAGCUAGGCCUCGCUUGUACUGUAACGUUUAACUGCUCUGCAAAUGAAACUAUGGAGAACGACCCAAAAUGUAAACAGUGACUGUUGUUAAAGAUCUUUGGGGAUUAAUCUGAUACUUUUGGGGAGCUACACAACCGCGAUUCAUGUCGCUUGCUAAACCGUUUGAUCUGGAAUUUCAGAAUGAACGGCACGCAGCAAAAUGACCUGAAAAGACAAAACCUGUUAGAGAGACUUCUUGAUGCAGUUAAACAGUGCCAAAUUCGCUUUGGUGGCAGGAAGGAGAUUGCCUCAGAUUCUGAUAGCAGAGUCAUAUGCUUAUGUGCCCAGUUUGAAGCAGUACUUCAACACGGCUUGAGGAAAAGUCGCGGUUUAGCUCUCACAGCAGCUGCCAUUAAACAUGCUGCUGGAUUCACUAGUAAAACUGAAGCAGAGCUGACGUUCUGGUUUUAUGUGAAGGAGCACCUCAACCAUCAUGAGUUGCAGCGCUUCUACUCUCUGCGGAAUAUCACAUCUGAGCAGGGCCGGGGCCGGGCAUGGCUUCGCUGUGCCCUGAACGAACACUCGCUAGAGCGCUAUCUUCACAUGCUUUUGGCAGACCAUGCCCGCCUUAGUGCCUUCUAUGAAGACUGGGCUUUUGUCCUGGAUGAGGAAAGAGCCAGUAUGCUGCCCACCAUGGCUGCAGGGCUCAAUUCCAUACUGUUUGCCAUCAACAUCGACAACACGGACCUAAAUGGCCAGGCCCGCGGAGGGUCGUCUGUGUCCCACCUACUUAAGGAGUCCACACAGGGCAUGAGCAGUUUGUGGAAAGAGUCUACUCAAGGUGUCAGCACUCUUCUGCGGGAAAUCGGUACUGCCACUGCGGUGGUUCCUGGUUUUAUCCCUCGCUCGGAUGCUCCAUCAGACCCGCUGCCUGUCCUGCCCCGCAGCACUUCUGCAGAUUCAGGUUUAAGAAAAGAGCGCAGACGUAAAAAGAAGAUCACGAACAUAAUCUCUUUUGAUGAUGACUUGGACGUGGGCGUGGAAGAUGAGGACGAGGCUGGUGAGGACUUUGUGAGGAGUCUCAGGAAGAGUACAGCGGGUCAUGUUAGUUCUGAAGAUGCUCUGGAACCUCCGGACUCCACCUAUCCCAUUCAUAACGGCCUGACUGAACCUGGGAUCGUGAGCUGGGCUGAAACACCCCCGCAGAACGGAGUGCUGCCUGAUACCAAGAGCAUUGACAAUGAGGAGGAGGAAGAGUAUGAUAUUUAUGGAAAGAGCAGGCCAGAGCCCUCAGAAGAGGAUCAUGGGAAUGGGGAGCCGAUGGUUGUGGGGAGUUUAUCCAGUGUUUCCACAUGGAGUCCAAGGCAAAUCAUCACUGACAAUGACAAUGACAAUAACAACUCACACAUUCUCAUACCUCUGGCCUCCAGUGAGCCCUACACACAACAAGCUGGUCGUUCAAUUGAGAAUGUCGAAUUUCAUGGACAGAAGGAGAGCUCAAGCCCACCAACUGACAGUGAAAAACAAAGCCAACUCCAGUUUAGCAUGGAGCCCGAGAUUGUGCCUGUGACCAGUGUUCUGCCGACCCCUGGGCUUCCAGAAUCCAUGACCGUUGCUGAACUGCGGCAAGCCAUUGUGGCCAUGAUGAACAGGAAAGAUGAACUCACUGAGCAGAACACGUCUCUGCGCAGUCUCCUGGAUGAUGAGAUGGAGCACUCUGCUGGGCUCAGACAGGAGGUGGACAGCUUGAAGAAGAGACUGACUGAACUAGAGGAGAGACAUGCAGCCAAAGUCCAAGCUCUCAUGAGGUAAUGUCACUAGAAACUAAUCGAACAGUCUCACUUAGACCGACUCUCAGUCUAGUCCACAAUGCAUUUUAAACCAAACACCACCUA